UUUUUACCCUAGACUCACUCAACUCAACCACCCCAUUGAAGCCCACAAACAUCAAAGCCUGCAAGAACGCGGAAUGUCUUUCUUCAGUGCCUUCCCGCCGAUUCUGUUUAAUCAUUCAGUUGCGAAACGAAUGAAUACGUAAGAAAAGAAGGGACUUCAAAAGAAAACAAAUCAAUAAGUAAAAGAGAUCCGAAACUAUCAUCAUCGUCGUCGCUUGAGUCAAGUUCAUGUUCAAUGGGUCCUCGACAAUGUCAAAUCUGCCACGAAGCUCAAUCCAAAUACAAAUGCCCUAAAUGUUACUUACUUUAUUGCUCUCUGCCUUGUUUCAAAAAACACAAAGAACUUCCAUGUGUCAAUCCGACAUCUUCAGAGGGAAAAACAACUGCUGCAGAAUCACUUGUAGAAAAGCCAUCAGCUGUUGAUAAUAUUGUUUUGGAAGCACUUGUUGAAAAGCCAUUAGUUGUUGAUAAAACAAGUGAGGUGUUGCAAAAAUUCCAACUGGAGGCUAUAGCCUCUUCCAGUGAGAUUCGCGAUGCUUUGAAUAAUAAGGUCCUUCAAGAACUAAUUUGCCGUAUUGAUUGUUCCCCAAAUGCAGAGAAUGAACUUGAUAAAGCUAUGGCAGAGGAGGCAUUUCGCAUGUUCACAGAAAAGAUUUUAUCAACUAUCAACCCCUAAAUGUUUAUCGGUGGAAGAAGAAUUUGUGGAAGAAAGUCAGAUAUGAAAGAAAUAGCAGAUGAGCCUCAAUGGUUUUGAUUAAUCAAUAUAUCUUUUUUCAUUUGUACAGCUCUACCUCUUUAUUCAACGUUUGUAUCUUCAUUGAGCUGGUGUAUUAGUAUAAAAUUGAUUUAGAUACACUUGGAUUUUUUGCCCCAAAUCUGUAAGUGUUGCAUUUUGCUCUCUUGAUUAUAACUGUACCACCGAGUUGUGCUAUAUGUGCUGAUAAUGAACACAUAAUACAUAAGCCAGGAUCAUUAUUAAAUUAUUGGA